AUGUCUUCCAAUAAUGACCCUGUUGCAAUCCCGAUGAUAGAAAGAAAUCCCAGUGACCUUCCUGGAAUGGACACCAGUGACCCAGAUACAUUGACUGGAGAGGCUGUGUUGAGUUUUCAUAACAUCAGCUAUAGAGAAACUGUGCAGAGUGGCUUUCCAUUUCGUAAAAAAACACGUGUGAUAGAAAGACUGUCAAAUAUCAAUGGGAUCAUGAGACCUGGCCUCAAUGCCAUCAUGGGACCUGAAGAUGGGAGCAGAUCUUGGUUGCUAGAUGUCUUAGCUGCAAGGAAAGAUCCACGUGGAUUAUCAGGAGAUAUUUUGAUAAAUGGGAAACCUCGACCUGCUAAUUUCAAAUGUACUUCUGGUUAUGUACCACAAAAUGAUGUGGUGAUGCCCACAGUGACUGUGAGAGACAACAUAGAGUUCUCAGCAGCUCUUCGACUCCCGAUGACUGUAACAAGAGAUGAAAGAAGAAGGCGAAUUGAUGAGAUCCUUGAACUUCUGCAUCUGGAUAAAGUGGCAAGUGUCCAGCCUAUAUCUAAAGAGCUCAAGAAAAGGACCAGUAUAGCAAUGGAGCUGGUUGCAGAGCAUCCCAUUCUGUUCUUGGAUGAUCCCACCACUGGCUUGGACUUGAGGACUACAAUAGAUGUCAUCUCGGUCCUGAGAAGGAUGUCUAUCAGGGGACGGACAAUCAUCUUCUCCAUUAAUCAGCCCCAGUACACCAUAUUCAGAUUUUUUGAUAGCCUCACCUUAGUGGCCUCAGGAAAAGUCAUGUAUCAUGGCCCUGCACACGAGUCAUUGGAGUACUUCACAUCCAAAGGUUACAUAUAUGAUUCCCACAACAACCCUGCAGACUUCUUCCUGGACAUCAUUAAUGGAGGUUUCUCGGCUAUAUUAGACACAGAGGAAGAUGGCCAUGAUGCUGACAAAUAUACAGAGCUUUCUAGGAGACGGCACCAAGUCACAGAAAAAUUAGCCAACAUGUAUGUACAGUCCUCCUUAUACAGAGAAACGAGAACUGAGCUGGAUCCACUCUUGGGGGAACAGAGGGCAGGGAGGAGCUCGGCCUUGGAGGAGAUCACGUGUGUCACCCCUUUCUGGAAUCAGCUCGGGUGGAAUAUCUCUCAUUUAUUCAAAAAUUACUGGGGUUUUCCGCAUGUCACUAUGACUCAGGUAAUUAUCACAAUCAUAGUGGCCGUGCUUAUGGGCAUCACUUUCCGUUUCCUACGAAAUGAUUGUACUGAAGUCAAGACCAGAGCCAACCUGCUCUUCUUGCUCAUAGGCUUUCAGAGCAUCACAAGUGUGACCGCUGGGGAACUCUUUGUGAUCGACAGGAAUCGCUUUUUACAUGAGCAUACCAGUGGAUACUACAGAGUGCCACCAUAUUUCCUUGGGAAAUUGCUGGCUGAGCUGGUACCCAGGAGGUUAUUGACAAGUAUUAUAUUUACUGUUGUACUAUUCAGCAUAGCAGGAGUGAAAACAGAUGUGAAGGGUUUCUUCACUAUGUUAUCUACCAUCAUGAUGUUGGCUUAUUCUGCCAGUUCCCUGUCACUGUCAAUAGGGGCAGGGGAGAUUGCAGCAGAUGUAUCAACAGUACUUGUGAUCAUCUACUUUAUGUUCAUGCUGUUUUUCUCAGGUAUGUCACUAUAUUUAGAAAGCUUAUUACCUGGGCUCUCAUGGAUUCAGUACUUCAACAUUCCUCAUUAUGGAUUUACAGCUUUGCUGCACAAUGAAUUCCUGGGACAAAACUUCUGUACAGAACAUAACACAGCAGAAGUCAGUAGAUGUCAGAACUACGUAAUAUGCACUGGUGAAGAAUUCUUGAUGAACAACGGCAUCGAUCGCUCAUCUUGGGGCUUCUGGAAGAAUCAUGUGGCCUUAGCUUGUAUAAUGAUUAUCUUCUUAUCAAUUACCUAUGUGCGAUUAUUACCUCUUAAGAAAAAGAGGCAUUUUUAAAUCUCUCUUCCACUUUCUUUGAAUUAAUCUGACAUUUAAAAAAGUCAAAACUUUUCUGGUGGCCAUGUCAGUGGAGCAUCAGCGAGCACUUGAAUUCAGGAGUUUGGCCCACCAGAAUAUAAGGCAAUUAUGGGUGAAUCUUGGAUAGACAAGGCCCCAGAACUUGGGCUCCAGCAUGGAUCUUGCUAUUGCUGUGCCUUUGCAUCUUACUCUUGUAGCUGGCAUGGUGUGAAUGGGGGUGCGGGAUCCUCACUGCCUUUAAUGUAAUGUGAUUAUCUCAUGGAAACAUCCUGUUCUACUGGGCAUUUCAAAUGUGGAUUAUUAUGAAGUUGAUUUCUAAUUAAGCUGUACUGUUUAACUGAAGUAAUGAUUUUAUGCAACAAUAAUGGUAGUUUAAAUAGAAUUUUGAUGAUUAAGAGUUUUUAACACAUGUAGUAAGGGAUUAUGAUAGAGGUUAUUUUAGUGGGAAAAUUAAUAUAGGUAAACAAGGAUAUAGUGUUGUCCCCGCCCCUGAUAAAGCAGGGGCUGCAUAGGAUAGAAAAUAGGACCGAGGAAGGGUCAUCAGCUGGGACUUAGGAGUUUCUCUUGAGGAGCCUAUAGACUGUGGUUUAGGUUAAUUAAUGAUUAAGGAAAACAAUCGAGUUGGAGGAAUUAGCUCAAGAUCUUUUCAAUAUUGGGAAAUGUGUUUAUGGAUUUUGGUGUGCAUCAUAGCUAAAACAAAGCUUUAAAUAAUACUUCAUGUAACUAGAAAACAAAGAAUUUUAUGGUUAGUUAAGAUAAUUCUGUAAACUCUAAAAUGUGAAAAGUGAAACUAGUUAUCUGUUUUUCUGGCAAUUAGAAAAACUACUGUCUCUGUUAAGAGUUAUGGCUGAAUUCUAGAAGAUAAAUGUUUAACUGUAUGUGGGUGCUUGGGGAUAAUUUGCUUUUCAGUUGUAAUACAUAAAAUGUUUAUUCAUGUAAGGGAAAUGGGAAACAUGCUUUUUUUUUUUUACUUUUAUUCAUUGUAAUCAUUCACUUAAAACAUAGAAUGUAACCACAUCUUAAUUUUUAUAUUGCUUGAAAGAUUCUUCCGGGGUUUAUAAGCUGUAAGGGAAGAAAUAAUGAAGUUAGAAGGAGGACAUCAAGAAACAGUGAAAAGGAAGUCAUCAGGAAGUAGUGAGGAGGAAGUCAUCAGGAAGGAGUGAGAAGGAAGUCAUCAGGAAGGAGUGAGAAGGAAGUCAUCAGGAAGUAGUGAGAAGGAAGUCAUCAGGAAGUAGUGAGAAGGAAGACAUCAGGAAGGAGUGAGAAGGAAGUCAUCAGGAAGUAGUGAGAAGGAAGUCAUCAGAAAGCUGUGAGAAGGAAGUCAUCAGGAAGUAGUGAGAAGGAAGUCAUCAGGAAGCAGUGAGAAGGAAGUCAUCAGGAAGUAGUGAGAAGGAAGUCAUCAGGAAGUAGUGAGAAGGAAGUCAUCAGGAAGUAGUGAGAAGGAAGUCAUCAGGAAGCAGUGAGAAGGAAGUCAUCAGGAAGUAGUGAGAAGGAAGUCAUCAGGAAGUAGUGAGAAGGAAGUCAUCAGGAAGCAGUGAGAAGGAAGUCAUCAGGAAGUAGUGAGAAGGAAGUCAUCAGGAAGUAGUGAGAAGGAAGACAUCAGGGAAAAGAAAGAAGGGAAACGUCAGGGUAGAAGAACAGAACAGAAAAAGGAUAGAGUAGAACAAGCAAUGGAAACAAUAAUAAAAUGAAGAACUAAGCUUUGACCCUCAGAAAAGUCCUAACGUGUCUGUUUGUCUGUCUGUCCGUUAGUUCACCUGCUCUGCAUUUCCUCUUCAGUUUCUCUAACCUGCUGAAGACUUGCCACCCAUCAACAUCCUUGGUGAG